GCGUCACGUCAUUUGGUAUAUGCACGUACGUGUACGUACGUCUCUAUCUUCCGAUCAUUGAUGUCCAGCCGCCAGUAGAGCCUGCUCCAUCGCCAGCAGCCUUAAACGUAAAACAAACGGGGACAUCCAUGCCUGUCUGUCUGUCUGUCUGUCUGUCUGUCUGUCUCCCUGUUGGAUCCGAUCCCCACCCACCUCCUGGCGUGUUCACUGUUGGCGAGCUUGUGGUAGUUAUGCGGUCCGCGGGGCUUCGGCUGCUGCGUCUUGGCUGGUUUCUGGGGCGGCCGGUGCUGCUUUGCCAUGUGGAAAUCGGUGUGAUACUCGAUGUUGUGAGGCUCGUGGAGUAUCCAAUCCUCCAAUGGCUGUGAAUAGUGGUCUGUGACGACCAUGAGUCUCUUUGUCUGAGUGAUGGCUGAGUCCUUGAUCUGCUGCACAAGCAUCGCCAUAUGGCGCCACUGUUUCUGGAUGACGUGCUCUCGGCUGGUCGAUGGCAGCACGGGAUUCACUUGCCCCACAACACAAUUCACCAACUUGAUCUGAAACGACCACAACACAACACAACACAACACAACAAGCAGGCAGGCAGGCAUGCAGGCAGGCAAGGCAGGCAGGCAGGAGAGAACGAUCUUCAUGUCCCCCAUCGGCUGGCUGCAAUCAAUCGAUGACCUGGACCAUAUCGGUUGUAUUGCUGCCCCGUUCAACGACAUACCGGCCUGUGUGCAGAGACACGACACAAAUGCAGGGACACGUUGCACUGCACUACCCGACACUUCACUUCCUUCCCUUGCUUGGUGCUGUGUGUGCUGCGUGCCUGAUGAUAUUCUGGUGAUGUCCUUGAUGUAAUGUGAGAGGAGGAGAGGUCGGCGUGAGAAGACUGCCGCCAGGGCCACUUCCACCUCGUCCAGCAGGUCCACAGGCACAUACUUGUACACAGGGGCUCUCCUAGAGGCGCUACCAUCCGUCUCCUGCGGAUCCACGGGCUGGAUGCCCGGCAGACACCUGCUCACAUGCACCCUCAACGAUGGACUCUUGCCCUCCGACCCUCGGCUCUUCCCCGGCUGUCUCUCCAGGGGGAGUGCCAUCUCAACUGACAGACAGCAGACAACACGCAUACUUACGCAGCAUGAAUGACGAGGUACUGGGACGCGUUGUAGACCCGCAGGAACAUAGAUGUCUCACCUGGUUGUUCUGGCACACACGAUUGGAGGAUCGCUGUGUACUGGUCGAGUGUCUGUCGUGCAUCACCGCCCGCCGCAAUAUCGCAGCCGCCCCCCCAGACAACGUCAAACAGCAUCGCCGGUGCGGCAAGCGUGACCGUGAUCUUAAUGUCGGUGGAGCCGCCAUCAUCCUCCUUCCCCACCUCCCCCUCGCGGAAGAGGGGCACGAUGACGUCCACACGUGGGGAGAGAUCUCCGGUGCCAGACCAACGUAGUCCUGCACAGAGGCCGACCCUAAUGAUUGCCGCUUGGACGACUACCUACCUACCUACCUACCUGCGCAUUCCACCUCAUAGUCCAGCACACGAUCCAGGCCCUCCACACCAGUCACACACAAGCGCACGUGAGGCACCUGCACAGAGGAAGCAGGGCGGGGCGUGUGGGGUCGUAAUGGACGUCUCAUGCAUCUCUCGUGCAGCUGGGGCGGCACCUUUGCAAAAGCAAAAGCUCGUGCCAGGUCGGCAAAAGUCUCCCCCUCGAGCUGCCCCAGUGGGCACUGGCCUGCGAGUAAUGGACAGACACACACAGCGCAUCGACAGCGAACAAACCGAGGGAGGGAUGUGUUGUCGCCCACAUGUCACUCGUUCCGUCCGCUCGGCACAUGUCGGUGAGCGAGUGACAUCACAGGCGGUGAAUGGAGCCCAAAGCGUCGAAAGGAGGGAUGCCAUCUCCGCCUUGAGUCUGCGUGCCCCACAGUCUCAGCCCCCAGUCUCAGCCCACUUGCGGUGAGGAUGUGGCAAGCUAGCCAUUUGAAUCAAUUUCCACGCCCUACUACAGUACCCAUUCAUCCACCCGAAUGCAAUCAGUCCCU